AGAGACAAAUUCAGUAUAUUUUCUACCAUUGACCAAACCGUACGUAAUUUCAUAGAAAAAAAGCCAAAAUUAAAAACCAAAACAAAAACACUUCAUACGAGCAAAUAGUUUUUCGAUAGAAAAGCGCUCCAUUUUGCACGAAAGGAAAUUAUUUUCAAAUUUAAAAAGCGAUUCAACUGCGACUUAUCCAAUGCUUUCGGACUUGAGCUUAGAAUUGGUUAUGGCGGACUAUUCCAAAUAUCUGGUCACAUUGACCGAGCAACUGGGACUAGCCCAAGGAACCUUCAAUGGGCUACGUCCUUCGCAGAAGGCUGUGAUGUAUGUGGGAGCUGCCACUGUGGCGUGUGUGAUGGUGGGCCUGACUGUCAAGUCGCUGCGCGGACGCAAGCGCAAGGAGCCGAAGAAGCGUCGCACCAUCGAUCUCCUAGAUGGGGCUGAUGGUCUAAUGACUGGACGCGGCGAUGGUUCUGUCGGAGAUUCGAAGGACGAUAGCUGGAUAUCGCAGGACUCGCUCGAUUUGUCCGGGGAAGUCUCGGAAGGAGACUCGUUAUUUUCGUCCACGGUCUACUAAGGACGUCGUCCACCAACAAUCGAUCAUCGAUAGCCGUCAAUCGAUAAUCGACCAUCACCAAUCGAUAAUCGAUAGCUGUUAAUCGAUAAUCGAUCAGAAUGACAUUAGCACACCCCUUAACACACGCACGCAUACCACAGCACAGCACAGCACAGCUCACCUCACAGGAACAGCACUGUACGGCCUGACCCCAAAAUAAUUUGUAUCCCCCCUUUUGUAUAUAUUAUAUAUACAUAUAUAGCCCACAUAUAUAUGUAUAUAUAUAUAUAGUUAUUGUUUAAUGCGUUUCUCGAGUUGUCAAAUAUAUUUUAUAAUUUUAUGGUGGCCGCUUCAGACAGCGGUCUUUGGUGAA